GCGCCAUUUCGACAUUCAUCGCUCGGCCCCUGCCCUCCACGGCGUCGUCGCCAAUUCCAUCGAGAGUGGCCGAGAGUAAAGUAGAAACAACGAAUAUGGUAGAUUCUCCAAGAAGGUUGGAAACAUCCCAUUCAAGCUCCUUUCGGGGAAUGCUUGGCGGGGACAACCCCGACGAGUUUGUCGCGCGAUUCCAGACGACCAAAAUCUCGUGGAAGGGCAAAUAUGAGCGCAUCUUUGCGCUGUCCGCGACGCGAUUUUGCACAAUCGACCCCAAGGACUUCGAUGUGACAAAUAGUUGGCCGUAUCAAGGACUCUCGUCCUUUGAACUAGACCUCAACGACGACCACGUGUUUACGUUGGUGAUCCUUGGCCCCAAGAAAGAAGAGCAACUGAAACUGCGGUACAAGCACCGCGCGUAUCUGCUGACCGAGUUCCUUCGGAUGCACGCUGCGAAUGCGCAAACGCUAACGCGGUCGCCGCCGCAGCCGCUGCAAUGCAAAGCCACCAAGUUGACACGACUCGGUGUCGAGCGCGAGUGUAUCUUGGAGAUUGCGGCCGACGCUCUCGUGUACAAGGAAGUGCUGCCUUCGUCGUCCAAUACCCCUGCGGUGCUCGAGCGGGUCCCUUUCACGGACAUUGACCACAUCACGCCAGUCACGAACUCCACGACGGGGUGCAUCAUUGGGUACUAUGGCAAACAAACGGUGUUUUUCACGAUGGAUCGGUCGUUUCUAUUUGGAAACAUGGAGAAGGCGGCGGCGCGCAUUGGCUUGCGCUUGGCCUCUCGAGGCAAGCUCACGCUGGAGCAAGUGGAUGCCGACAAGCCCGUUUUUGACCCUGCGGAGUGCAUCGUCCAAUUUCCCGUUCAAAAGUUCUCAAAACGACACGAGAAACCUGAGCGGCGAAUUCUCGCGCUCAUUCCCGCAGCACUGUUGGAACUGGAUCCAAAGUCCCUCGUUGUCCUUUCCAGCGUGCCUCUUCGAUCGCUCUUUGGACUCGUUCGACAUCCUGGUUCAAAUCAGUUCGAGAUCGAGUUUGUCCAUGGGUCCCACUCGCGGUUGUAUUCGUGCCAUGAUCGUGAUGGAGUGUUGGCGGCACUCUACGAUUCUUUCAGCGCCAACAACCCGGACAACUCGCUUGAGAUUUCGUCGACUCCGAGCCAGACUGGGCUACGCCUACUACCGCGAUUUGCGGUCGAAGAUGUGAUGGAAAGCUCGAGCUUUUUUGGCGAUUCAUCGAUCGGCGCUUGCUUUCUCAAGCGUUUGGCGGCUGUAGGCAAGUACACGAGUGGAAAUGGCAUUCGUGCCGGCGCUGCCGCUGGUCGAGGGCUCGUGUCAACUGCUGCCGAGUUCAAUGCAAACGUUCCUCUAUCGGGGAUACAAUACCACACGAAGCGAUCAAUCGUCCUCGAGGCGCUGAAGCCCUUGGUGGUCCACUUUCAAACGGUGGCAGUGUGCCAACCCCCCGCUCCGCGCACAGCCGUCACGCUGCUGCAAUGCAUGUGCCGCAUCGCGAGUUCGUUUUACGGGUUUCGCGAGCUGCUGCAUUUUCCUAGUGUCAUGGAUAGCUUGCGGCAUUACCUAGUGGCCGAAGAUGAACUCACUGUGCUAUGGACUGCACUGCUGAUUCAGCGACUCACGAUGCACACCAUAUCGUCCGCGGCAAUGCCCGAAGGCACUGACGUUGAAUCCGUGGCGGACAAACGGUCGACGAAUGGUGAAGCUGAAAUGAACAACAAACGGAUGUUGUUUGGACAAGAUGCGCUUGUGAAUGGACUCGUUGGGGUCCUCGGUCGAUUUGCCAUACGUCGCGCUGGACCGCUCAGCCUCAUGGGCAACCUCAAAGUGCUUGAAGGUGCCAUUUGCUCUCAUCGGCACACGACGGAUCCUGCCAACGUACGGGUCCUCGUGGACAAAUUGGUGCCGCACUACGACUCUCUCACGCAGCUCCUCUUUCGGUCUCGAUGUACCACGACGGUCGAGUCAUGCACGCUGCUCGUGCAAGCCGUCCUUCGCCUUUGUUCGCAAGACGCAGCGGCGUCCAUCAAAGAUGCAGCGUUGCGGCAAGGUCUUGUGCUGCAACAUUUGUAUCAAUCUAUGUUCGACCCGAGCUUUGACCAGCGAUGCGUGAGUCGGUACAUGAUUACCAUGUGGAUGAGCAACCACGCCCCGGCCAAGCAGCUCCUCCGCCGUAUCUUUCCGCCAGGGUUGGUGUCGUGCCUGGAGAUGCGUCUGCUGUCGUCUGCGGAAGAGUGCCAGUUGGACGAGUUGGAAAAAACGACUUUCAUGGACAAGUUUGGCGCUUUCAAUGCCGAGCUCUUGGCAUCCCGUCGAAGUCGGAGCGAAAUCAUGUCGGACUACGACUCGUUUUACGACAACAUGUACGAAUCGUCGAGCAACGACGGGCUUCCUGUAAAUGCUGCGGCCGUGACGGAUUCUGUGUUUUCGUCCGCAAAGCUGCUCGAGCGCAUGCAAAUCAAGUCCAAAGGCAACGUGUUUGACGAGUCUACGAUUGCUUCCAACACGACCGGCGCUGCCAUCAGCAUCACCAGUACCAGUCGCGGUGGCAGUUUGUCGUUGCUGAAGGAUGGGAUGUUCAACUUGCAAAUGCUGCGGCGAGCGAUCACGCUUGGCGUAGGCGCAGACAAACCCACACAGGACCCGGCGUCGUUGCAGUCGUCGGAUCGGCCCGUCGAGAACUUUCGCAUUUUGUUUCACAUGAUGCAGCAAGACCACGAGACAAUUGAGCUCGUGUGGACUACCGCGACGCGAGAGGAAUUGCACCAGGCGUUGGUGCACGAGAUCCAUCAGUUCCGAAGCUAUUCCAUCCACGGACAGUUCAACGUCGUGUGGAAUUACGAAGACUUUUCGAUCACGUAUACCACGUUGGAGAAUGAACUGGUUGUGGACGGGCUGUAUUUGCGCCACUUGCUCAUGUGUCCCGUUGCGUCGAUCGAGGCGGGCGCCGAAGACGCAUGGAGCCCACCGCUGCACGUCGAGGACAUGAUUGUAAAGAAGCCCAAGCGCUUUGUGACCGCACUGUUUAAGAAGAUAUUGCGGGAACAAGGUGAGGCCGAGUACAAAGGCCAUGUGGAAGUGACGGUGAGCUGCCUCAAAGCUCUCGCGAUGGUCGCGUGGUUGUACGAAUUUGAGUACCACAUGCCAUCAGAGGAUCUGUCGUACAUGUUGACCAUGGUGGAGUUGACGUCACGCCACGACCUCCUUGUGCACCUGCUCGAAGUUCUCCGAAGUGUGACGCGAGUGCCGUCGAACGCCGCCAAGUUGCUGAAAGACUCGCGCGCUGUGCCGCUGCUCGUGUCGUUGAUUCAGAUGGCCCACAUUUCCCAACGACACACGACAUCGAGUCGACGUGCCGUGGAUUGUGCGGUCUGGAUUUGCAAUGGGCAAAAGAAGACAAUGGAGGACUUGCAGCAGUCGCUGACCCCCGGGAACUCACCCCAAAUACACAUAGCACGCGUCAGGAAUGACAAGGCGCCGCCCGUGCCCUUUGGCGACAUUCCCCAACUCAAGUGGGAAUUUGGGAUGGAUCGUCGGUUCGAAGUGGUCCACGUGGCCCACAACGCGAUUCGAGUCUUGAUUUCGCUACUGAAGAGCAACCCGUUGGUCACGGGCCCAUCGUCUGCAGCUGUGUAUCCCUUGCCGCUGGGCAAACAAUUAGCGUCGACUCGUUUGGCGGAUAUUGCGUCGCUGUUGGUGCUUCACGAACUGCCCAAGCUGUCGGAGUUGACCAUGCAUGUGCUGGUGCAUUUGUCGUUGGAAUCGACGACGAUCUACAUGUCAGGGGUGUUCUACUUGCUCUUCUUGUACAAAGGCGACGCGUUUGUCGACUUUGCCACGUUUUUGAAGGCCACUCACAACCAUCAAUUGUACCCCGACUCUAGUCCCCGGCGCAUUUUGGUCGAUCUUCUCCCCAUGGCCAUGAUCGACCAACUCGACACAUUGAGUCCCGCGGAUUUCGCCGCCCUGUUUUGCAGCGACGAUGUCAAGACGCCCCGGGUGAUCUGGAACGCAUCCAUGCGCGAAACGUUGUGGCGCAGCUGCUUGCAUCACCUGGACGACUUCCGCGCGGUACUCCAACACGACGUCACUAUUCCGUACGACUACCAUCCCAUGCCUCCGGUCUUGUACCAUGAUUUCCUUGCCAACGAACUGUACUGCCAUGGAUAUUGCUUGCGGCAAUUUUGCGACUCGUCGGAAUCGGUUCAAGAUUCGUUGGCAUUCCUGACCAGUUUGCAUGCGGAAUGGACUCGCCAAGUCAAUCGUGUGGCCGUCGGCCUUACCCGUGCACAAGCCAUCGAGCUGCUCGAAAUUGACGAGAACGUGGACGACAUCGCCGUUCGAGACGCAUACAAGCGAUUAAGCCGACCUAAUUGUCCGGAGCAUGCCGAGGGACACCCAGACAAACUGCAGCGAUACGACCGGAUUCAAAGUGCAUAUGUUGUGUUGACCAGCCCCCGCGAAAGCUUGCUCACAGCCGGAUACGAUGCUGUACAGCUGGACCUCAUCUUACGCGCUCAAAUCCAUCUUUUCAAGACGUGUGCGCCAUCGUUGGCGUCGUCCAAGCUGGAAGCCUUGCCACUUCUGUUAAACUUCCUUGCCACGCACUGCACGCAUGACCGAAUGGAUGUUCCCCCGCUGACAAGUCAUGCAGAGCAGCUACAGCUGACACUCCUGGCGGUCCAAUUGCUCCAGUAUGCCUGCGCCACGUCCGUGCACAAUAUCCCGCAUCUCUUGGCUGACAACAAUUCGCAUGUGGUGGACAACGCCCUCCGUUACGCCGUGGACAUGAUGAUUGAUGGAGACGACCCGACAGACGAAGCCGUGUAUGUCGAGAUAUCGAUCAACCUCAUGCAGACCAUGGCAGGGAUUGCCUCCUCGGUCGCCGGCCGCCAUUGGAUUCUUGAGACGGACCAUGUCUUGUACAACACGUGGCGCAUUUUAUGGUACUACCACAGCUUUACGACACCACCGGGUGACGCGUUGGUCGUGUUGGUGCGGCUCACGCUGGAAGCACUGAUCUGCAUGUGCGGCGACACUGCCAAGGACGCGCCGUUGCCCGAGAAGAUUGUCCGAAGCGGUGGCAUCCUCUGGCAUUUGCUCUACUUGUGGUAUUCGUUCGAUUCAACCGUUGAUGAGGCGUCAAUGGAUGCUCGGCUGCAGCAGCCGACGGUGCUGUUUCCUGAAGGACGGACGUCCUUGCGGGAAGAUGCCGGCAUCGUGACUCAAGCCCAGACGUUGUUGGCCAUGUUGGCCGUUCGGGUGAUCGUUGCUGCCAACAAGAAUACAACGAUCCAAGCAGUGUGCAACGCCGUCCUGUCGCCAAAUUUGUACUUUCAAUCGACGAAUCCGUCGUCGUACAAAUUUCUCCACUUGUUUCAUCGCGACACGGUGUCGCACCGGUUAAUUUGGACGGCCGCGAUGCGCGACGAGUUGAAAGCGUUUUUGACCCCUCUCGUGACGGCGCCCGUGGCGAUGCCAACGACAUCUGCUGUCGAGUUGGCGCACUCGUUCCGCUAUACAAUAUUGAAGGAACAGUGCAUCGUGGACGACGUGUACAUUGAGCCACUCUACGCGGCACUCACGUCGUCAUCCUUUGCGACCAACUCGGUCGACGUUGUGCGGCAACUCGGCCUAUCGUCGUCGUUUUACUCGGCCUUGGUGUUGUUUCUCCGGACGGGCCAACACGAAAGUCAGCAGGGUGUGCAUGUUGUCGUCGGGUGGGGUCUCACGUCGGACUUGUGCAUUCGAUUUCGAUCGCUGGCGCUGGGCAUUUUGGCGGCGCUGGGUCCGCUGGCGACAGCCCAAGUCGAAGCUGCGUUCACGGUCAUGCCAUCAUCCAGCAGCCAACCACCCGCUGGCCUGAUGGCGCUGUUUAGCUGGGUGCUGCCUCCCGAGCACAAGUUUAUGUUGUCGCACAUGGCCGUGAUGGACCACGUCGUGGGUGUCCCUCGCGAUGCCUUUGCCAUAUUUCAAACGCAUGCGCUGACGACCCUGCAUGCGCUAGCGACGUCGAAAACGUUUGGUGAUAUCGUGUUCGAGUCGAAGCUGGCCCCAGUCUUGAUGCAUGCCGCAUUGCUCGAGGACGAACAGAGCAGCCGCGCCUUGGAGAUUGUUAGCCGGCUGUGUGCAUCGUCGCAUGCAAUCGCACGAUACAUCACGACAUCCAUUUGGUUGUACCACCUCUUGAUAUGGAUGUGCCCAACGACAUCGUCGGUGGACAACACUGCGGCGGUGUCUGGCAUGAUCAUGGACGGCGACUGCGACUACGCGACCGCGUUGCAAAUUCCAAGCGCUACAAUCCUCGGAGUUCUCGGCCAACCGACCAGUUUGGUGCUGGAAGACGUGAUGAACGUGCUCGUUCGCUUCUUGCCCGUGACGCUCAUCUACGAAAUUAUCAAUGCGCCGCAGAACGUGGCCACAAUUCUCAGUGGCCACUACGAAGCACCGGAUUUGGUUUGGAACAACACGCUCCGCACGCAUUUCUACCGAGAAAUGCUCCGCCUCGUUGUGAUCGUCAACAAGUGUACGGACACGGAAGUCGUCUCGGACGACGUGAUCCAAUUCGACAUUGAGUACGCCCACGUGUACCCGUAUCCGAUGGUCGGCGACGUGUACUUGCUGCUAUAUCUCGAGAAUCCCGUCCACCCGCUCCGAGACCCCAAGUACCCCUACUUGCCAUCGUCCCGGAGCAACAUAAUGGACCAUGUUUGUGCUCGUCAGGUUCUUUUUGGAAUGCCUCUUUGAAGACUUCGAAGCGCUUUGCCACGCUCUCGUCACGUCGCUUUCCCAACGGUCGAGCUUUAGUCCGGACGUGGCCAUGUCCGUGCGCCAGCAAGCGCAGAUCCUUCCCAUCAUUACAUCGUGCAUCAUUUGUGCCCUACGCGUAUACCCCGUACACCUGGACGACGUAGCAACAUGGAAGGUGCCAGACAAGGUGGCGUCGCUGUUCGUGCUUCUACAAAACGAGCUACGCAUACAGAAAGGACCCAAGUCAGACGAGGCCAUCGUGGCGGAGCAGAGUCUGUUGCGCAUCUUUCGCGUGCUGUUCGUGUCGCCGCGCAUCGUCGCAUCGCUGGCGUACUCGCCGUACAAUCUCUUGAGCCGACUCGUUUCGCACUGCCACAACCUAUCCAACAACACGGCCGAGUUGCACGUCGAACUCGGGUUUAUCCUCGAAAUUAUACGGCGGUUCCUCCUCGCGUUCCCGGACAAUGGCGACAAAAACUCGGACAAGAACGUCGUCGCCGUCGUGUGCGGCGUCAACUUGAUGGAGGUACUGCUGGAAUUGAUCGAACAGCCCCCAACGCUGCAGCGCGUCGUCAACCCAAUCUUGACUCGCACUACAAUCAUUGCGAUUCUGGACUACUUAGAGCAGCAUCGCACCCAAGGCGCGCUCGCCCAUCAGAUUCUAAAGAAACACAAGAAAUGGGACAAAGUGUUUCGACACGAGCCGACCGACGCGAUCCGCAACCAGCCCGAAGAUAAAUUCCUCGUCGGUCCAGCCGCCGGCGCCGACGUGAUGAUCCGGUCGUACUUGGCCAACAACGUCAAGACAGCGACAGGGGCGGCGUCAAGUAUGAGCCCCACGUCGUCCUCUCGAAGCAGUCGCAAAAGGCCUUCGACUUCGCAGAAACUCAAAAACUUGUUUCGCUGACAUGGCGGUAAAUAUAUGUGUGCACGUUUUCAACUUGAGGGUGUCUGUA